UUUUUCUUUCAACAUAAUUUAAUUUUACUUAAAAAAAUCUAUAAUUUAAUUAUGUUAAAAUUAUAAAUUUAUACUUUUAAAACACAAAGAAAAGUGCAGUGCAUAUAUGGAAAAUAAAAUAAUUGCAUAAUAUUUGUGAUAAUAAGUGUAUGGCAGUGAAAUAAGUUUGUAAGAAAAGAAAAAUUUUCUAUUCUAUGUGUGAUUGACUGUCCGGCGGCGGCAGAAGUAGAAAAGAAGAAAAAAAAAACACGCUCAGUGACAACAACAAAGAAAAAAAGUUGAAAAAUUGUCUUAAAUGUUAUAAAACAUGGAAAACUUAAAAUAAGUGAUAAUUUAUUUGCAAAUAUACGUUAUUUUGUUGUGGGCAAUUUGGAUGAGGAGGUCGAGCAAUUACUUAAAAAUGGAGGUGCUCAAUCGAAAAUCUUCCUUUCGGAUUUGGUUACCCAUCUCAUUUGUGCUCCAAAUUAUACCGAAGAAGAGCUGGUUAUGAAUUUAGAUCUCUACACGGUAAUACCCGUAACCGAACAAUGGAUUAUACAUAGUGCUAAAUUGGGACGUUUGGCGUCCACCAAAGCCUUUGAUCCCAGUGAAGCACGUUUAAUGAAAAACAUUUCCGCUGCCAUAGUUAAUGUAGCACCCAGUGAUCGUAAACGUUUAUAUGCCAUGUUAACCUAUCAUGGUGCCCAGGUAACUUCCAAUUUUAGUGGUAAUAAUACCCAUCUAAUAGCGGGCAUGGCAAUGGGUCCUGUUUAUACAAAAGCCAGUGCUUUGCCCAAGGGUAGUAUGAAUAUUGUAACACCCGAUUGGGUGGUGGAAUGUUUAAGACAAAAGAAACUAUUACCAUGUGAUAUUUAUCAUCCGAGAUUGCUGAAAGUGAUAGAAAGACCAAAAUUAUCAUUGCCCCCGAUAACAGCAACUGCGCCAGCAAAUACUAGCAGCAACACAGCCAUGAAUAAUCCCACAAAACCUAUACAACCCACACCACCGCCACUAAUCACACCUACCACAACACAGCAACAACAACAGCAGCAGCAACAAUUAACACCGACUCAUACACCACAACCCACACAGCCUACAGUUGAACAGACAUUAUCCAACAUUUUAGGUUUCGAUGAUGAUCCUUUAUUAGAUAAAGCCACAGAAUCAUCUACUUCCGUCACCUCUCUAGAUGCUGCCCAAAGUAUUGCGAAUAUAAAGUCACAAUUACAAGCAGCUGCUGUACAAAUAACUGCCGCCAAAGAUGUUAAGACUGCAACUAGUUCAACCGCAACUACCUCCUCAUCUAUAGCAUUAUCAGCAUCAUCAUCAUCAACAUCCAUAAGCACACCCACCACUCCCAAACAUGAGAUACCAUCAACAGCUACAACUUCACCGUUUGCCGGAAAUAUGACUGCUAUGGAAUCAACAACAAGUAAUUUACAACAAUCGCCUUUGCAACAACAGCAGCAGUUGCCUUUGCAGCAACAACAACCACAACAACAAAUGCAAACUUUAACACAGCAACAAUCAUUAACACAAACACAGAUUUUACCCCAACAACAACAACAACAAAAUUUAGCACAACAGCAGCAAACUCUACCCACACAACAACAACAAAUUCUACAGCAACAGCAGCAUCAACAACAACAAUCACAAAUAGUUUUUGUUAGACCUCGUAGUUUAAAUCAACAGCAACAACAGCAGCAGUUGCAGCAGCAACAACAACAACAACCACCCCAGCAAUUAUUAGCUGGACCCACAACUGCUCAGAGCUUGGGUAAUGUUUCUUCAGUGCCACCACAAAUCAUUCUGCAACAAAAAGUCAUACCCAAUGUGGCCAAUUUACAGAUACAGCAACAACAAACUCUUUCCCAACUACAACAUCAGCAACAACAGCAGCAGCAACAACAGCAAAAUAUACAACUCCAGCAUCAAUUAAUGCAACAACCCAGAACACCACAAACCCCCACCUCUUCAAAUACUCCUCUACUAGAAUCACGUACUCCCACACCUACCGGCACACCACAGCCACCCAGAACACCACAACCAAACAGUGGCAGACAAACGCCACAGGCACCCAGAACACCCUCUACCACACCACAACCCCAACAACAAAUGCUAGGACAAUCCCCGCAGCAUAGUGUACAACAAAUACAAAUGUCACCUUCACAUCAAGCUGCACACAACAAUACCCCACAACAACAACAACAGCCUAGUCCACAAUCCCAACAAAUGCAACAGAAUCAACAACCACAACAACAGCCCCAACAACAAACCAUAACCAUGUCACCCCAGAUGCUGCAUCAACACAUCCUUAGACAACAGCAAAAUUUGCAACAGCAACAACAACAAUUACAGCAACAAAUACAAAACGGUCAAAGUUUAUCACCACACCAACAGGCACUCCAACGACAAAUACAACAUCAACAACAACAGCUAAUGCAACAGCAAUUACAAUUGCAACAACAGCAGCAGCAGCAACAACAACAACAACAGCAGCAACAAUUACAAAUGCAGCAGCAAUCACCUCGAAUGCAGCAAAAUCCCUCUCCUGCUCCCCAAGCUCCUUCACCAUCUUUGAGUAACAAUACACCCUCAACUGGUAGUGGUCUCGCUCACGCUAUGAUGCCACCACAAUCACCAAGACAAUUACAAUCCCCUGCACCACAAAUGACACCACCACCGCCUCCUCAAUCACCUGGAGCGGUUGUUGGUAUGCAAACGCAAAGUACCCUUUUGUCGCAGCAACAAUUGAGACAGCAAUUGCAGCAAGGUAGACAGCCGCAACAAAGGCAACAGCAGUCUCCACAACACUUAAUGUCCCCCCAACCCUUCCAACAGCCCCAACGAGUCCAACUACAAAUGCAGCAGAUGCAACAGCAGCAACAACAGCAGCAGCAACAAUCUCCCCAACAUAGGGCCUCUCCAUCGGCACCACCAUCUCCGCAACUACAUCAACAACAAUCUAAAUUGAUCUCAAAUCAAAAACCCAUUGAUCCUACAGACCCAGUACAAGUGGCUCAGAUAUUAAGUCGUUCAGCACCAAGUCCAAAUCAUGAGUCACUCAUUAUGAGAACACAACAGUUAAAACAACAGCAAUUGCAACAACAACAGCAGCAGCAACAACAACAACAACAGCAACAACAACUAAUAACAAGUCCUGUAAGUCAACAACAGAGUAGUGGUGGUGUUCAACAACAGCAACAACAACAGGGAAAUGCUGCUCAAAGACAAGUGAUUAAUACUUCAACAGCUCAGGGUCAACAAAUUAUACAAAGUCAUAUGAUGAAUAUUCAUCAACAACAGCAACAGCAGCAACAACAAAAACAGCAAAUGGUACAAUUACAGCAACAACAACAGCAACAGAUUUUGCAGCAAAAAACUGGUUUAAUAUCACCUCAACAGCAGCAACAGCAACCAACACAGAUACAACAACAAGUUAUAAUACCACAACAACAGCAGCAGCAACAGUUACAACAACAGCAACAAUUGCAACAGCAGCAACAAACUUUGCAACAACCCAACCAACAGCAAUUACAAUUUGCCAGUCCCACGUCCGCUCCCCAACAACAGCAACAACAUGCUUCUAAUAUCAGCACAGUAACAGGCCCCGGAGGUGUUAGAAUUAUACAACAAACUAUACAAGCACAACCGGGUUUCCCGGGCGCACAACAACCCCAACAACAACAAACACAACAAAUUUUGCAACAGCGCCAAACUCAAUUGCAACAGCAACCACAAAUACAACAGCAAAUCAUAACACAACAACAAUUGCAAAGUCCUCAACAACAACAACAACAAACGGGACAAUUGCAGCAGGUACUUAACGCCAAUGUGGGUGUGGCUCAAACUCCUCAAACACCCAAUAAGCCGAAAUAUAUUAUUAGCCAGCAGCAAUUUAAUCAGUUAACACCCCAACAACAGCAACAGAUUUUACAGCAAAAUCAACAAAAUCAAAACUUUUUCAUAGUUAAUCAAACAAACGUAACACAACAGCAGCAGCAGCAGCAACAACAGCAGCAGCAGCAGCAUCAACAACAAGUAGGACAACAACAAAUUAUACAGCAGGUGGCACAAAAUCCCAAUCAACUUAUCAAACAACAACAGCAGCAACCACCUCCUUUAUAUGCUCAAAGGCAACAGCAGCAACCACAAACACAACAGCAAUUAUUAGAUUUGGAGGGUAAUCUAUUACAAUCUCCUCAGCAGCAGCAGCAACAACAACAACAGCAGCAACGUAUCUUAUUGCAGCAGCAACAGCAAACACCCAAUGUUUCCCCUCAACAACAGCAGCAGCAAAUUGUUAUUAAUCAACAGAUAAUUAAUAAUCCUCAACGUUUGCAAUAUUUGCAACAGCAACAACAAUUACAGUUUCAGCAAAAACAACAAAUGCAGCAACAGCAGCAAGCUCCCAAUGCUAUUGUUGUAGGACCUCAACAACAACCAGUGCAACAGCAAAUAGUACAACAACAAAUAUUGCAACAAAGUCCUCAACAGCAACCACAACAGCAACCAAUUAUCAUACAACAAACCAUACCACAGCAACUAGUGCAAGGACAACAGCAACAACAAUCCAUACUACAAAGUCCCCAACAGCAGCAACAACAACAAAUUCUGGUACAACAGCAAAAACAAUUACAAAUGCACCAACAACUAAUAGACAACCAACAGCAACAACAACAAAUUAUCUUACCACAACAACAACAGCAGCAGCAACAACAGCCCUUACAGCAAACAGUUUUAAUACAACAACAGCAAUUAAACCAACAAACUCCCACUCCACAAUCUCCUCAACAGCAGCAGCAACAGCUAACACAACAGCAUCAACAACAAAUUCUAAUACAACAAGAAUCUCCUCAGCAGCAAACACAGCCACAACAAACACAUUGGUCUCCACAAAGUCCGGCUCAGCAGCAACAACAGCAACAACAACCAGGAACCCCAGGCUCCAUAACCGGCCUACAAUCCCCCCUGCAGGGACAACAAUCACAAAUUCAACAAAUCAUACCACAGCAACAACAACCCCAGCAGCAACAGCCACAAUUCAUACGUACAGUACGCCCUGCUGGACAGUGGCAACAACAAGGUCUACCACCUGGCACUCCUCAACCACAAAGACAACUCAUACAGCUGGACGAUAAAACCCAUGCUCAUUUCAUGUCUCUGGAUCCCAUUAAACGGGCUGAAUACAUUUCAAAACUACAGCAAUCUAAACAAAGGGUAAUGGUUAGACAACAAGUGGCCUAUCAGCCUAGACCAGGAGCUCCCAAUGUAGUAGCCAGUGCUCUAGGUACAACACCCCGACCUGCUGGUCCCACCACACAACACAUCAUAGUUCAAAGUCAAAUGCCGGCAGGUCUAACGCAACAACAACAAAUGCAAUGGUUACAGCAGCAACAAAGACAGGUUGUGGUUAGAACAGCGGGAAAUCGAGCUCCUGGUCUUACACCCAUUGCUCAGCAACAAGUUAUUACUGCUGGUGGUACUCCGGUCAGUAUAACACAACAACAAUUACAACAACAGCAGCAGCAACACAAUGUUCAACAGCAGGUGUUUAACCCCAAUGAUCCCAAUCAACAGAUGUUGUUGCAAAGACAACAGCUAAGAGUACAAUUGCAACAGCAACAACAACAACAACAACAACAACAGCAGCAACAACAAAUGUUGGGUCAAAAGCCUCAGCAAACGGUACAGGUUAUUACCGGUCCGGGUGGUCAGGUUAUAGAGCAGCAAACUAUAAUACAAUCACAGCCGGCGGGGGCUCAACAGAUUGGCCAGACUAUACAAGGACAACAAGGUACGGGCAAUAUAAUUACUGCCUUAGCUCCACAAACAGUACUCAUGCCCAAUCAAGGCACUGCUACCAUGGAUGGUCAACAGCUGCAGCAGCAACAACAGCCCGGUAAUCUGCAACAAACACAACAACAAAUGAAUUUGAAAACUAAAACGGCCCUUGCCAACAUGUUAAGCAAUCGUUUGGGUGGAAGCAGCAAUGCUAUGCAGAUGCAAACGCAAAUUGCUGGCGUACAGCAACAGACGCUAGUGCAACAACAAAUACAAAUGCAAGAUCCUAACCAGCAGCAACAGACAAUGUCACAACAGCAACCACAAAUAAUACAACAAACACAAGUUGUAGUAGCAGGACCUCAACAGUUGCAGCAGCAACAACAACAGCAGCAGCAGCAGACGCAGCAGCAAUUGUUAAUGGGUCAACAACAACAACAACAGCAGCAACAAUUAAACCAACAGGGCGUAAUGAAUGCUAUGCAAACCCAACAACAACAGCAAGUAGUGGAGGCUAGUGCUGCUGGCACUUUGCGCAUGAUGACUCAACAGCAUAAUGCUGCUUCUUUGCAGCAACCUGCACAACAAGUUGGUGCUACGACUGCUGGUGCUACUGUUUCUAGUGUUGUGGGAGUUCCACGCACUCAGCAGGAACUAUUGCUACUACAGCAGCAACAACAGCAACAGCAGCAACAACAAAUGCGUAGACCCAUUUUACAGACCCAAAUGUCGGCCACAGGUCCAGUAGCUGUUAACAAUAUUAUUGCCGCUGGUGUACCACCACAACAGGCUGUGCAACAACAGCAGCAACAACAAGCUGUGCAGCAGCAACAACAGAUUGUUCAACAACAAUUGGUAGUUGCUGCUGCCGCUCCUGGCAGUGGUGGUGGUGCAAUUCAGCAGCAAGUGGUAGCAGCUCCUGGAACUGCUGUACCCGCUGGUGUUAUGACACCAGCCGGCUAUGUACACCAGGGCCGGGUUACUCAACUGCCCAUGCCGCCACGUCCUCAAUUCUACGGUCAUAAUCCAAAUUUAAAACUGCCACCUGAUCUAUUCCUAGUCGGCUGCACUUUUUACAUAGUAGAGGAAUAUGAAGAAACCGAUGGUGAAGAAUUACCUAUAUGGAUGGAAACUAUUAGACAAUUUGGUGGUGAUAUAGAAAAGAACUAUUGUCCACGUGUUACCCAUGUCCUGUGUCGCACCCAAAGACAUGGUGUUGUCAUGCAGGCUCUACGCGAUGCUAAACGUUGCAUUACCGCUUACUGGUUAAGUGAUAUUUGUCUGAAGAAACAAUUACUACCACCCUGGCAACCUCUUCAUCUACCCUUUCCCUCACAGUUUGGCUAUCAGAAACCGCUGGAACGGCAUAUCAUAGCUGCCAAUGGUUAUGAACCCGAAGAGGAACAUCGUAUUAAACAAAUGGUCCAAGAGUGUGGCGCUAUUUAUACUUCUUAUUUAUCCAAAUUACAUACCGUCUUGGUGUGUAAAAAACUGGAGGGUGAAAUGUUUAAUGCAGCCAAAGAAUGGAAUAUACCGGUGGUCAAUUCUUUGUGGUUGAGUGAUAUCACAAUAGGCAAUUUGAGUUCAAUGUCACAGUAUGACAAUCAAAAGUAUCAACAGUAUAAUAUAACACCGCCAUUCCGUAUUGAUUAUGGUCUGGUGCCGCAUUUGAUGGCUGCCUGGAAAGCUCCCAUCAAUCUUACCCAAGAUGCACAUGAACGUGUUAAACGAUAUUUGGCCGAUCCCUAUUAUGAAAAGGCCAAAAGACAAAAGAUUUCACCCUAUCAAGAAGAAUUACCCGAAACCAUAGUCUGUGUGGAAUAUCCACAAACUGCUAAACCGCCAAAAGUAUUAUUUUCACAAGUAGCUGAUCCGGAAUCACUCAAAAAGGCUGUACUAUCUCUGGGCGGUAUUGUGGUAGACAAUCCCUCGGACGCCACCUACUUGGUAAUGACUUGUGAAAGUCGUACCUGUAAACUUAUACAAGCGGUGUGUCAUGUUGAUUAUGUUCUCAAAUCCCAAUGGGUUGUGGAGAGUGCUAAAGCGGGCAAAUUUCUACCUCCCGAAAACUAUAAAAUACAAUAUAUACCUGUAGAUGAAAAUCUUAAAUUCCAUUUGGACACGGUAUUACAGUCUAACACACGUUCUACUUUAUUUGCCGGUCGCUAUUUCUAUGUUACACCCGAUGUUUUCCCUGCUCGUUCCGAAGUAGUACGCAUGAUUGAAUCCUCGGGCGGUAAGGUAGAAGAGAAACGUCGCUCUUCCCAGGCUAUAGCAGAAACACAUAACCAAUCCCCCGAAUCUUAUAUAAUAGUAACAUGUCCCAAUGACAUGCAUUUAUGUGUGGAUCUAACACGUUUUGGUAAUCCCAAAUGUCCCAUAGUAUCGACUGAAUUUGUUAUGAGUUCUAUACUUAAGCAGACGCUUGAAAUAGAACCGCAUAUUAUACCCUAUCUGUACAAUAACAAUAAUAAUAUUAAUUAUGGUGGUAAUAAAGCUUCAUCCAAAUAGCCUUUGCUAACAGCCACACAAGAAGCAGAAGAUCCACAUGAAUUUGAAACUAUUAGCGAGUUAUUUUUGCAAAAAUAUUUAGAUUUGGAACCACUAAUGGAAACAUUUUAUUCCUAGAGAAUAAAAGAACCGAAAACCAUGUACAUUUAUCAUUUCAUUUAUACAUUUUUUUUUCGCAUUCACAAACAUUUCUAAGUCCUGUACAUAAUCAUUCAUGUAAAAUAAUUUGUGCAUUAAAAAGUAAAUAAAAUUUCUAAAAUUUUAUAUUCUUUUUUUAAACUUGUAAAAAAACAAAAAAAAACUUUAGAAUUAUACAUUAAUUUUAAGAUUUUUGAAAGCCUAGUUUUCAUAAAAAUAUACAUUACAUUAACAUUUACCUAAUAAUCAUAAUAUAAAGGCUUAUUUAUAUUUUUGUAUACGAUUAUAAAAACAAAAUAGAUUUUAAGCAUUUCAAAUUGAAAUUAAAUAGUUACAUAUUUAAUUUGUAAUGGAAUUUCUUAAAUGUAACAUAAAACAAAAAAAUCCUUAUUAAAAA